UUUCUCGCUUAGCUGCCUACUUUUUCACGCCUUAUACCCCUCAGAACAGAACUUCUCCACACUUGUCCACACUGCGGAGCAUAAUGCCCCACCCAUGAGCCGCUCUCGUUGUCGCUCACGUACCAGCGUUGGCUUCCGGCUAUGACGUGGCACAACGGAGCAGUGAGUAUUUAAGCAAAUGUCAAUGCCGUGUACAUUCAUCAAAUCAUUCAAUUGUAUUCACUAAUACACAUUUUCUAUUAAGAACGCAAAUCGCAAAGUUCUUUCUUUUGCGACUUUUUUUUUUGAACUUUACCGGAAGUUUCUUUCUAUCAUCCAAUCCACGGAUAAGUUCUCCUUAUUAACAACAAUGUCUGCCUUUCGUCUUGCUAUUAUUGGUGCUGGAGGUGUGAAUUUUGGCACUGAAGAGGGCCCCUGGAAUAACAUGGCUCGUUUGGAGCAAGUGUUGGGCAAGUCGCUCGACGUUGUAGCCCUUAUUUGCCCGGUUGUCGCUGAUCGGGAACGUGUUCUGGGCAAGAAACGUGCUGGUCCUUUUGCUGACGCCUACAAGAAUGUGAAGGAGUAUGAUGAGGUUGCGGAUUACCUCGAAUUUUUGAAGAAGAACCCCAAUGAAAAGCCAACGGCUUUCCUUAUUGGUGUUCCUCCACAGGUACACGGCUCUACUAAGGUUGGACAUGAUAUGGAGAUUGAGAUUACCAAGGCUUUGCCUGAUGCAACUAUGUUCAUUGAGAAACCCGUUUCGAGUUCGACUCCAGAAGACGUUUUCGGUGUCGUUAGUGCACUCGACAGAACGAAGUCGAUUGUCUCUGUAGGCUAUAUGCUUCGUUAUUUGAAGAUUGUGCAGAAGGCGAAGAAAUUUAUCGCUGACAACAAUCUUAAGGUUAUCGGAACUGUUGCUCGUUACAACUCUGCCUAUAUCAAGAACGCGAAACGUUUCUGGUGGAUUAUCUCAGAGUCUGGCGGCCCCGUCGUGGAACAAGGAACUCACUUUUGUGAUUUGUCUCGCUACUUUGGAGGCGACGUCGAUUUGUCUACGGUAGCCGUCAAUCGUGUCAACUGGGACGCACCUUGUGGUGAAUUGCAUGCCAUGCCUGUGGAUGAAUCAACCAUUCCUCCCAAUGAGCGUCUUCCGCGUUUUACCGCUGCCACUUGGCGCUACAAGUCCGGAGCUGUCGGCUCCUUGUUGCACUGUAUCACGCUCCAGGGUGUCAAAUAUGACACCUGCAUUGAUGUCCUCUGUGAUGGUUACUACCUUCGGAUGGUUGAUUUCUAUGGCAAGCCUAAGCUGUUUGUCCGUACACCUGAGUCUGAUGAUGAACAGGAGUUUGAGUUCGAGGACGACGAUCCGUACUACUCCGAGUUUGACACUUUUGUAAACGUUGUGCUUGGUAAGGCUUCCAAGGACACCAUUCUUUCCAGCUUUGAAGAUGCCGCCAAGACGUAUCAACUGACAAAGGUGAUCACUAACACCGGCAACCACUACGGCGACAAGUAGUUUGGCCGUAUCAAAUCCAUACUUUCUUUAUGAAGCUCCUUUUUAGCAUGAAUUGAUUAUUAUUAUUAUUAACACUGUGAAUG